CCCGGAAGCGGCUCCACAGACGCUCUCUGCGGCCGAUCACGCUUCCAUCAUGGCGGUGAACCUGACAGACCUCUCCCUGCCUCAGCUGGAAGGGCUGAAAACCCAACUGGACCAGGAGGUUGAGUUCUUGACGUCUUCUAUUGGUCAGCUCAAAGUUGCGCAGACCAAGUAUGUGGAAGCAAAGGAUAGUCUGAAUGUCCUCAAUAAAAACAACAAAGGGAAAGAAUUGCUUGUGCCCCUUACCAGUUCUAUGUAUGUUCCCGGAACAUUAAACGACGUGGAACAUGUUUUGGUGGACGUGGGGACAGGUUACUAUGUUGAAAAGAACUUAGACGACUCAAAGGCGUUCUUCAAGCGUAAGAUAGACUUUCUCACAAAGCAGAUAGAAAAGAUUCAGCCGGCGCUCCAGGAAAAACAUGCUAUGAAACAGGCUGUGGUUGAAGUAAUGAUCAUGAAGAGCCAGCAGUUGCAACAGAGCCAACAGGGAUCACAGACUGCUGCAGCCACAAAGGCUUAAUGAUUGGAUCUUCACGAUAAGAUUUUAAAUGUGUGUGUGUCAGAAAAACAUCCAUCAACUAUUGUAGAGAAGUAAUCUUAAUGUGAAACUUUUGGUCUAAAUUUGUGCUUCGACAAGAGAACAAAUGAAUUGUGUACUUGAUUGUUCUAAGAGCAUUUAAUUUGACAAAUAAAAACAUCACUUUGGA